GAAGGCAGCGCGACUCCACUGCCACAUCCGGGACAUUCAGCAGUUUCACAUGUCAGUCGGUGCAGCUGUCAAGACUUUCCUGCAUGUGAAGAAGCUCCGGCAUCUAUUCUGGUUUUGACAAAGUCUUUCUUUUUAGAAAAGGGAUGGCGCUGAUGGGAAUUCAGCUGGUGGUCAGCUUGCUGGCAGCCAGCAUUAUGCAGAGGAUGGCUCCACACUGCUCAUUUGCACGCUGGCUAAUCUGCAAUGGCAGUUUGUUCCGGUUCAAACACCCGUCGGAAGGAGAGCUGUGUGCACUUGCUGGGAAGCAGAUGCCUAAACAGACCAGGAGAGACAGGAGACAGAAUGGGGAGAACAAGCCUCUCACUGUGCCCAAAGACAUCGACCUUCACCUGGAGAAAGCUCCAGUCAACGCCAUUGACGCUCUUGUGCUGCGUUUUUUCCUGGAGUACCAGUGGCUGAUAGAUUUUGCAGUCUAUGCAACAGGUGUCUUCCUGUUCACUGAGUGUUACUACAGUGUUGUGGAUGCCAGCAAAGAGGUCAAUAUCGGAGCCAUCUGGUGUGUCUUGACUGUUCUCUUCAGUCUAAAGACCCUUCACACUCUGAUGAGCCACUACUUCCGCUCGGAAGAGGGCGGCGAGCGCUCGGUGUGCCUUGCCUUUGGCUUCCUGUCUCUGCUCGUGGCCAUGCUGGUGCUGGUGGUCAGAGAGGACUACCUGGAGUUCGGCCUGGAGUCAGGAUUUUCCAACCUCUUUGACAACUUGGAAGUCUUUGCCAAACAGCAGGGCUACGCCGACUGGUCAAUCCCAGUGACCAAGCUGACAGUGAAGCUCAUUCUGGCUGCUUUCUGUUCCUACAUCGGGGCUCUCCUGGCCUUCCCCGGCCUGCGAAUGGCUCAGACUCAUCUGGAUGCUUUACAGAUGAACUCAGACCGACCACUCAUCCAGUUUCUGCUGCAAAUUAGUUUCCUGUCUCCAGUCAUUGUGUUGUUUCUAUGGGUGAAACCCAUUGCAAGGGACUUCCUGGCCAAUGCACCUUUGGGGAAGAACUCUGUUACAAUUGUUUCCAGUGAAACAUUCGACAGCAUGCGGCUGUGGAUCAUCGUGGCGUUGUGUGUGCUGCGGCUAGCGCUGACUCGUUACCACCUGCAGGCCUACCUCAACCUGGCUCAGAAGUGGGUGGAGCAGAUGAAGAAGGAGGCGGGCCGUAUUGCUGCGAUUGACAUUCAGAGGAAGGUCACACGUAUCUUUUGCUACCUGACUGUAAUUACCCUCCAGUAUCUGGUUCCUGUUUUUCUCAUUCUGUUCUCCACACUGGCACUCAAGGCACUAGGGGACUUUUCCUGGGUGGCUGGUGCAGAGCAGACCCCCGGGGUAACGCCAGCACUGGUGAUGCCCACAGCAGCGCCUGUGCUGCCCGGGGGUCUCGACGAAGACGACGAGGGCAUGGACGAUAUGGAGGAGGACGUCCAGGUCACAGUAGCACGCCUAACGGAGGCCUUCACAGCGCUACGGUCCGUCCUCACUCCACUUUUCUUCCGAGGUUUCUUCGCCUUCCUGACGUGGUGGGUGGCUGCGUGCCAGGUCAUCAGCUCUCUGUUUGGAAUCUACUUCCACCAGUACCUAAUGCAGAACUAACUGAUGGAAACGGGAGUGCCACACUGCCACGCAGCCCUCGGCUGUCUACAGGUAUCCUUUGCAACAGCAUAACAACAGAUAAAGGGCACAUUUUCAUUAAAAACACACAUACAGACAGACUGUACAGACUGACCCUGUUUGUGGCCAAAACAGAAGUUUUGCUCAAGGUUUCUUGAGAGGAGACAGGUGAUGGACGCGGUCUGUUGCAAAAUUGGCUUGUUGCCCUUAGGGCUUUCUGUGACCAGCAGGAUACUGGUACCAACAACACAAAUACAUAGAGAACUGGGGUCUGUUUUAAUAAGCAAGUUCAUCUUAGUCUGGUUUAAUUUAGUCUCUUAGCGUUACCUGGCUUGGCUGAGUCUUUGGUAACCGGUAACACAAAGCGGGUUUUACCUGGCUCGGUUAACUCUGGGUAAACUGAGCCAGCUACGGGGGGUUCACGUGAAAGAGGCAGAGCUUUUAAUUGCAUGCAACAUUAAAAGAACCAGGAGAGGUUUACAUGAUAUGACACAGAAAAAGUUGUGUGAAAUUGUGUUACUGUUUUUGUUAAAAGUGAUAUAUUUAGUAUAAUUGCACAACUAGAAUAGGAUGUAAAGCUUUUGGAAUAAGAGGGCAUAUUUCUAAGUUUGGCUAUGUAGUGUAAGAGCUGCACGACUUCUUGCGGACAGACUUGGCAAAGCAUGAAUUCUGACUUUUUACAAGUCUGCAUCACAGUGUCAUUUCUCAGCUUACUUUCUAUCCGUUUAAUGCAAGGAGCAGGUUAUCUGGGCAGCAUAGAUCACCAUGGUGGUCUACCUUGGCUGAAAGUGAGCCAGCUUUGUGAUACCAGA